CAGGCACUCGAGUGGGAGUUGAAUCACUUAUCACUUUUAUGGUAAAACUUGUAAACGCUGCAAACACAUCACGUUGUUUACAAUCGGAUUUAAUUCUCCAUCAACAACAGGAAGUCAUUUGUUCACGUUGCUUAUCUCUUGUCGCGAGCGACAAAACUUGCCGAAGCCGAAAAACUUUGGGAAAAUGGAAAAAGCAACAAGGAUAACGUUGUUAUCGGUGGAUGUGCGAAUGCGAUAAGGAGUAAGAGCGGCGGUCGGCGGUUUGUUUUAUUCCCCCGCGGUGGAUUUCCGAGUGACAAUGCUGCCGAGGCAGGAAAGAACGAAGACCUUGUCGCGCUUCCAUUGAAAGUGAAUUUGCGUUCCUCAUGGAGAAAGCAGCAGCGAGGCUGGAGUCAUGAGCACAGGUGUGAAGAAGCCUCCAUUAGCUCCCAAACCUAAACUUCCCGACGCUGCCAAACCCUCACCCCCGCCCAUCGCCCCCAAACCAGGCCUGCUCACCACAUCUCCCGUCUCCGCCCAUCCUUCUCCCGCCACUCUCAAGAGGACAAAACCGGCCCUCGCCCCCAAGCCCCGCAUCCCGAAACCCCCCGCCGCCUCGCCACCGCCCAAAGUCCAUCUUCUCUUAUCUCCGGAGCGGGAUCUUAAGGACGACCUCUCGCUGCUCAACACCAGAAAUGGGAUUUUAUCAGCGCAGGAAUCGGACUACAUUAUUCCCACGUGCGCCCGCGGGCCGCGGGAUUGCUGCCAGUGCCGGCGUGCGGAGAACGGCGUGCACGACGCGCACGAGCUGAAGAACGGGAUUCACGAGGGAGCCCCGACCGGACCGGAGGAGUGUUUGUGCGAGGGCGCAGGGGUGAACAAAAGGCCUCGGGACAAGCCUCAGAGACAGAGACGCUCGGACAGGGCGGGCAAAGAGGGGAACCGCACCGACGCUGAUUUCAAGGCGGAGUCCGUGGACGUCGGCUGUGAUGUUGCAGGCAGCAUCGCGGCCUCCUCUCCUUCCGCGGAACAUCCCGAGCAGCUAGAACGCAGCGGCCAUUUACACGGCGACUCCUCGGUCCCCGCGGCCCCGAGUAAGCCCCUCCCCGUCCCGCAGCCCCGCAAGCACAAGAAGCCGGCCCUGGUGAGGCAGGACGGCGUGGAGGGCGCGGCUCAGGAUCAUCAGGAGGCGGGCGACCCGCGAGAGGAGAUCUCCGUUCCCCGUGAAGACGACGAGCCCGGCGCUCCCGUGCCGCCUCCCCGCCAGACCUCGCUCUCUCCUCGCCUCCACAGAACGCAGCAGGCCUCCCCAAAACUCAACAAGAACACCUCCCUCUCCCUCAGCUUGCUCUCGCAGCCUCACCCGCAGUGCGAGGAGCACCGGGGGCGGGAGGAGGAGGAGGACGGCUACGGCGAUUUUAAGCGUUACCCCGUCACGCACAGUCUCCCCAAGCAGAUGAAACUGGGCUGCCCGCCGCCCCCGCUGCACGCCAGGAAGGCCUUCUCGGCCGACGAUCGGCCGGUGAGACCGCCGCCCCGGAAACCUCAGAGACUCAGCCUGCCCGCCCCGCCGCCUCCCUCCAUUUGUCCCCCAGCGCCUCCUCACGGCCCCAUGAGGGAGCUGCCCGCGCCCCCCCAGGAGAAACCUUCCUGGCGCUUCAGCCGCCCCUGCGUGACCUUCUUCAGCCGCCAGAUGCCCACCAGGAGCAGCGUGCCGCCCAAAAGCCGGGCGCCCGCUCUAGGGGGCAAGCAGCGCGCGCAGUCCUUCUCCGCCGCCGACCUGGUCGCCCGCGUGGACGCCGGCAAGCGGAGCCUCUCCUUCCGGAAGCUUCUGGAGCUGCACGUGUCCGUCAAGAUGCUCCCCAAGCUGCUGGCCACGAGAGGCCACUCGCUGGACUGUAGCGACGCCGAGUCCAAGCGGGGGGCGCGGCCCAACAGCUGCAUCGGCAGUGGCGACGACGACGGGAGCGUGGAAUACGAGAACGUCCCUCUGUACGAGGAGAUCCCCGAGUACAUGAACUUGCCCUUUCACAGCGGCAGGCCGGGCUGGCCGCGGGACGGCGACGACUCGGACAUCUACGAGGCGCAGGACCCCUACCGAAGGUUCCGGGAGGACCGCUGCGACGGCGACUGGCCGAGGAGGGACGUCCACUCCGAGGAGGAGGACGAGGACGCCCGCAGUUGGAACGAGGACGACGACAGCUCGUCCUCCAGCAAGGAACACGUGGACGAGGCGGACAGACAGCUGGAGGACGAGACCAAACGGAAGAAGGUGGCGCACAUCGCCCAGGAGAUCAUGAGCUCGGAGAAAGUGUUUGUGGAUGUCCUCAAGCUUCUCCACAUCGACUUUAGGGAUGCGGUCGCCAAGGCGACGCGUCAGAACGGCAAGCCGGUGGUGGACGAGCGCGUCCUCAGCCAGGUCCUGUACUACCUGCCGCAGCUCUACCAGCUCAACAAGGACCUGCUGCGGGAGCUGGAGGAGCGCGUGGCAUACUGGAGCGAGCACCAGCGCCUGGCGGACAUCUUUGUGCAGAAGGGCCCGUACCUGAAGAUGUACUCCACGUACAUCCGCCAGUUCGACAACAACGUGGCGCUUUUGGACGAGCAGUGCAGGAAAAACCCUCCCUUUGCAGCCGUGGUGCGCGAGUUUGAGAUGAGUGCCAGGUGUGCCAGCCUUGCCCUUAAGCACUAUCUGCUGAAGCCUGUCCAGCGGAUUCCUCAGUACCAGCUGCUGCUCACAGAUUAUCUGAAGAAUCUGCCACGGGACUCUGAGGACUACAAGGACACAGAAGCCGCCCUCAGCAUCGUGAAGGAAGUCGCCAACCACGCCAACGACAUCAUGAAACAAGGGGAUAACUUUCAGAAGCUAAUGCAGAUCCAGUACAGCCUGAACGGCCACCAUGAGAUCGUUCAGCCAGGCAGGGUGUUCCUGAAGGAGGGAACGCUCAUGAAGCUGUCCAGGAAGGUCAUGCAGCCGCGGAUGUUCUUCUUGUUCAACGAUGCGCUUAUGUACACCACUCCCGUCCAGUCGGCCCAGUACAAACUCAACUGCGUGCUCUCCCUCGCUGGCAUGAAGGUGAGCAAGCCCAGCCAGGAGGCCUACCAGAACGAGCUGAACAUCGAGAGCGUGGAGCGCUCCUUCAUCCUGUCUGCAAGUUCGGCGACAGAACGAGACGAGUGGCUGGAGGCCAUCGCCGAGGCCAUCGACGACCACGCCAAGAAGAAGAUCAGCUUCAUAUCCAGUCGCAGUCAGGAGGAGGCCGACGGCGCGCCGGACAGCGGCGCCCCCCUCGGCUCCAAGGCCCCCAUCUGGAUCCCCGACCUGAGGGCCACCAUGUGCAUGAUCUGCACCUGCGAGUUCACCCUCACCUGGCGACGCCAUCACUGUCGCGCCUGCGGGAAGGUGGUGUGCCAGGCCUGCUCGGCCAACAAGUACUACCUGGAGUACCUGAAGAACCAGCCGGCGCGCGUGUGUGACCACUGCUUUGCCAAACUGCAGGAGAACAGUGACCGCCGCGCCUCGUCGUCCGUGUCUCCCAUCAAAUCCGGAGCGUUCUCCUUCACCAGGAAACAAAAGAAGAUUCCGGCGGCGCUGAAAGAGGUGUCGGCCAACACGGAAAACUCGUCCAUGAGCGGCUACUUGAACAGGUCCAAGGGCAACAAGAAGCAGUGGAAGCGCCUGUGGUUCGUCGUCAAGAACAAAGUGUUGUACACGUACGCCGCCAGCGAGGUAACCGGCGCCGUCUUCUUUUGGGCCCCGUUUGCCGUCUACUCGAUGGAAUUGUCUUAUUCGCGGCAGGAUGUGGCGGCGCUGGAGAGCCAGCCGCUGCUCGGCUUCUUCCUGCGGGAGGAGAAGAACGGGCCGGCGCAGAAGCUGCAGUUCAAGCUCUACCACAAAAACACACUCUUUUACAUCUUCAAAGCCGACGACAUCCCCACCGCGCAGAGGUGGAUUGAAGCCUUUCAGGAGGCCAUGAUCCUCGAACAGUGAUGAUCUUAUAGAGGGACGACGACGAAGGCGUGCUGCUUCCGCGAGGAGAUGGGAGAGCAUUGCCCCUCUUUUUAAAAGAACCGGGAACUUUUUUUGUUUUCUUUUUUCUUCCUGCAGCUGUGGCUCCCAAUGCCAAAGAAUGUGUGUGGAAGUGGACAGUUUUCCACCGGGAUCCCGUUUGACGCAAAUGAAGGAAAACUAGUUGUGAAAUUCAAGCAGGUUGAUAUGUAAAAACACUCACAAUCACUUGGAAUGAAGCAGUGUUUUACUGGCAGUAACAGGAAGUUGCUGGAAUUGAUCUCUCCACUUUAGAGAGGUGAUUCUUUCUGUUUUAAUAUUCCAAGUAACGGCCAUACAUUGUGGGUCCAACAGCAUCCUGGACAAAACUGGAAGUGAAUCAUUAAAUGUAUUUUUCGUACUCUUCAGAAUGUCGAGGCGCCUUGGCAGCGGCCUGUGGGUAAUAUUGUGUGUAUGACGGCGUGACGUCGACAUUUUUAUACGGAAGCCUCGAGCUGGUAUUUAUAAAGGAUGAAGAAGCAGGCCACUAUUUUGCAGUAAGGUUCUGUUGACUUUCAUCAUGUUUUUUAAAUGUGGGAAAAAACAUGCACUUGCACUGUCCAUCGUGGAUGCAUUUUGAAAGCCUUCCAAAAACAAUACCUUUUAUUAUACUUUUUUUUUUUUUUUUACCAUCGAUCAACCAAUGAAAGUCCUAUGACAGUAUUUUUAUCUGCCACCUUGACAAAAUAGAUUUAAGUUCAUCCCUGAAUCUUGUUCCAUCCGCAACUUUCUGCUCAAUGUUGUCAUUGUAACUUUUGAUUCUUCAUUAUCGUCCUGAUAUGAACUUGUCAGGGUCAAGGAAGCAUGUGUUUGCUCAUGAUUGUACAUUAACAUGGACUUUUUUUAAUAUCAACUGUGGAGGUCGAGUCUCCUACAAAACAAUCAUUAUAAACUGUCAGGCAACAGUUUUUAAUAAAAUAUAUAAAUAUAG